UCUUAGUUUUUGUAUCUGUAUGGUUGCUAACUCUUACUAACCAUGCUUUUGUUUUGACAGACGAGAUGUCUCAGCCCGAGGAGAGCCUGCGAGGUGCGGUCUUCGGGGGGAACCCCUCAGCUGGGCCAAGAAUGAAAAGGCUCCGGACGUCCAAGAACGCCGCCGGGACCCCCACCAAGUUUCCUGCAAAGGAGAAGGAUCAAGCCCUAGCUUCACAGGUUGCGGGAGCGGUUCCUCCUGCUACAGGGGGAAGCAAUAUGCCUCCAGCGGCUCCGCGAGCUCCAUUCGUCGCCCGGGACGCAGUAACGGAGGUCGGGACUUCGGCCAUCGUAUCCUCCGAUGUGCGCAUACCAGUCAAUCCCCAGGACCUGGAGAAGAUCCCCGAGGCCUUUCGGGGAACGGUGUAUGAGUCGGCGAACUACGCCGUCAACCAUAUAUACAAGUUCACCGAGAAGGAGCUCCGGGCCAUCGAGACAAUGAGCCCGGUGGGCGUGCUGGAGUCUUCACUAGGCAUGGCCAUGACGAGCGUUGUCGCCCUUCACCGGAGCAUCGUCAGGACCAAAACUCAGCUCGGGGACAUGAGGGACGAGCAUCAGACUACCCUGCAAGCGGCCAAGGAUGCCUUGGCGGCCUCUCAGGUUGAGUUGGAGAAAUCCCGUUCGGAGAUCCAAGAGCGCGAGUCCUCCCUUGCCACCUCGAAGACGGACCUAGACGCUGCGAAGACUGAGGUCCAGGAUGCCCUGGAGGUCGAGCGGACAACUUCAGAAAAGUCCAUGGAAGAUCUGUUCUACCAUUGCUGGGUCUACAAUCCAGACGCAGACUUUUCUUUCAUGUCGGCUAGUCUCUGGGCACGCUUGCUGGUGAAGUUCCAAGCUCGCCUUGAUAAAGAGGCGCCCUCGGAGACCGGGGAUGGUUCUGGCGCAGCUGAGCAAGGCGAGACGGCGACCUCCAAGGGACCACCUGGCGGAGCUUAGGGCGUU